GCGCCGCCCCCGCGGUCCACUCCUCCGGCGCCGCGUCGCGCGCUCGCAGCCAGCAGACUGAAGCUUCGCGCGCGGGUCCGGCGCGCCCGCCCUCCUUACGGGAGCGGGACUGCUGAGCGCCGGCCAUGAAGAGCCUGAAGUCCCGCCUGAGGAGGCAGGACGCGCCCGGCCCCGCGUCGUCCGCCGCCGCCAGCGCGCAUGCGGCUGAUUGGAAUAAAUAUGAUGACCGAUUGAUGAAAGCUGCAGAAAGAGGGGAUGUGGAAAAAGUAUCCUCCAUCCUUGCUAAGAAGGGAGUCAACCCAGGCAAAUUAGAUGUGGAAGGCAGAUCUGCCUUUCAUGUUGUGGCCUCAAAGGGGAAUCUUGAGUGUUUGAAUGCCAUCCUCAUACAUGGAAUUGAUAUUACAACCAGCGACUCUGUAGGGAGAAACGCACUUCACCUGGCUGCUAAGUAUGGACAUGCAUUGUGCCUACAAAAACUUCUGCAGUAUAAUUGUCCCACUGAACAUGUGGACCUUCAUGGAAGGACUGCACUUCAUGAUGCAGCAAUGGCAGACUGUCCUUCCAGCAUCCAGCUGCUCUGUGACCAUGGGGCCUCCGUGAAUGCCAAGGACAUAGAUGGGCGAACACCACUUGUUCUGGCCACUCAGAUGUGCAGGCCAACAAUAUGUCAACUGCUGAUAGAUAGAGGGGCGGAUAUCAAUUCCAGGGACAAACAAAACAGAACUGCUCUCAUGCUGGGUUGUGAGUAUGGAUGCAGAGAUGCGGUGGAAAUCUUAAUUAAAAAUGGUGCAGAUGCAAGCUUGCUGGACGCCCUUGGCCACGAUAGUUCUUACUAUGCGCGAAUUGGUGACAAUCUGGACAUUCUAGCUUUACUGAAGACUGCAAUGGAAAAUACCAGUAAAGGGAGAGAACUUUGGAAGAAAGGACCAUCUUUGCAACAGCGGCAUUUGGCACAUGUACAAGAUGAAGUAAACAUGAAGUCCAGUCAGAGGGAGCAUCAAAACAUUCAGGACCUGGAGGUUGAAAAUGAAGAUUUGAAAGACAGGUUGAGAAAAAUUCAGCAAGAACAAAGAAUACUAUUGGAUAAAGUCAAUGGUCUACAGUUACAGCUGAAUGAGGAAGUAAUGGUUGCUGAUGAUCUGGAAAGUGAGAGAGAAAAGCUGAAGUCCCUUUUGGCAACUAAAGAAAAGCAACACGAAGAAAGCUUAAGAACCAUUGAGGCUCUGAAAAAUAGAUUUAAGUAUUUUGAGAGUGAUCAUUUAGGAUCAGGAGGUCAUUUCAGUAACCGAAAAGAAGAUGUGCUUAAACAAAGUCAAAUGUAUGUGAUGGAGUCGCAGUGCGCUUCCCCUGGAAUGCCAGUCCACAUGCAAAGUAGGUCUAUGUUAAGACCCCUAGAGGUGUCGCUACCCAGCCAAACCUCACACUCAGAAAAUGAGAUUUUAAAGAAAGAGAUAGAAGCAAUGCGAGCUUUCUGUGAUUCAGCAAAACAGGACCGGAUCAAACUCCAAAAUGAACUGGCUCACAAGGUGGCAGAGUGUAAAGCUUUAGCCUUGGAAUGUGAAAGGGUCAAGGAGGACUCCGAUGAGCAGAUAAAGCAAUUAGAAGAUGCCUUAAAAGAUGUGCAGAAGAGGAUGUAUGAGUCAGAAGGCAAAGUGAAGCAAAUGCAGACCCAUUUUCUUGCCCUUAAGGAGCACCUGACGAGUGAAGCAGCCACAGGGAACCACAGAGUAGUGGAGGAACUGAAGGACCAGUUGAAAGACAUGAAAACGAAAUAUGAAGGUGCCUCAGCAGAAGUGGGAAAAUUACGAAACCAAAUCAAACAAAAUGAGAUGUUAAUAGAAGAGUUUAAGAGGGAUGAAAGCAGGCUAGUAGAGGAAAAUAAACGAUUGCAGAAGGAAUUUAGUAUGUGUGAAAUGGAGCAGGAGAAGAAAGGAAGGAAGGUCACAGAGAUAGAAGGGCAGUUAAAAGAAUUGUUAGCCAAGGUGGCCCUUUCCAUCCCAACAGAAAAAUUUGAGAACAUGAAGAGCUUAUUAUCAAAUGAAGUGAAUGAGAAAGCAAAAAAGCUAGUUGAGAUGGAAAGAGAACAUGAGCGAUCACUUAGUGAAAUCCGGCAAUUAAAGAGAGAACUCGAGAAUGUCAGGGCCAAGCUUGCUCAGCAAGUCAGCCCAGAGGAACACGAGCAGCUCAAGGCCAGGCUAGAGCAAAAGUCAGGAGAACUUGGGAGGAAGGUCACAGAGUUAAUGCUGAAAAACCAGACUCUCCAAAAGGAGAUCGAGAAGGUUCAUCUGGACAACAAGCUCCUCAACCAGCAAGUACAUAACCUAACCAUGGAAAUGAAAAAUCAUUAUGUGCCUUUAAAAGUAAGUGAAGAAAUGAAAAAAUCACAUGACAUUAAUAUUGAUGAUUUGAAUAAAAAGCUUUCAGAUGCAACACAAAAAUAUACUGAAAAGAAAUUUGAAGUGGAGAAAUUAUUGAUGGAAAAUGACAGGUUGAGUAAGAACAUUAACCGCUUGGAAACUGUGUUUAUUCCUCCUGAGAAACAUGAAAAAGAGAUAAUGGCCCUGAAAUCCAAUAUUGUUGAACUUAAAAAACAACUAUCUGAACUUAAUAAAAAAUGUGGUGAAGAUCAAGAGAAAAUUCAUGCACUCAUGUCUGAAAACACCAACUUAAAAAAGACUCUGAGUAACCAGUAUGUGCCAGCUAAAACCCAUGAAGAGACUAAAACUGCACUGAAUAACACAUUAGAUAAGACUAACAGAGAAUUGUCUGAUGCAAAGAAGAGAUUUGAAGAUAUAAACCAAGAAUUUGUAAAAAUAAAAGAUGAGAAUGAAAUAUUAAAAAGAAACCUGGAAACCACUCAGAAUCAGAUCAAAACUGAGUACAUCAGCCUGGCAGAGCACGAGGGGAAGAUGAGUGUUGUGAGCCAGAGCCUGAAGGAGGUGCAGGAGGCUAAGGCUGCAGUUCUGGCCAACUAUAACCAGGGCCAAGAGGAGAUCGUGUCGCUGCAUGCUGAAAUUAAAGCCCAGAAAAAGGAACUUGACACAAUCCAUGAGUGCAUCAAGCUAAAAUAUGCUCCAAUUAUCAGCUUUGAGGAGUGUGAGCAGAAAUUCAAAGCAACUGAGAAAGAACUAAAAGAAAAGUUAUCAGAGCAGACACAGAAGUGCAGUGUCAGAGAAGAAGAAGCCAAGAAAAGCAAGCAAGAGAGUGACAAGUUAAAGAGGGACAUCAUUACCCUGCAGAAAGAGUUAAAGGAUAAGAAUGCUCUGAUGGAGAAUUCCCGUGAAAUGGAAAGAGUGCUGAGCAGAAAAACAGAAGAGCUCAACAAACAGUUAAAAGAUCUGUCACAGAAAUAUAGCGAGGUAAAGGCCAACAAAGAGAAACUAGCAGAGGAAAAGGCCAAACAGACCUCUGAGAUCCUUGCAGCGCAAAAUCUUUUGCAAAAACAGCAUGUUUCAUUGGAACAGGUGGAGGCCCUGAAAAAAUCUCUUCAUGGCACAAUUGAGAACUUGAAGGAAGAACUGAAGAAUAAGCAGAGAUGCUUUGAGAAAGAGCAGCAGACAGUGAUCAAACUGCAGCAGCUGUUGGAAAAUCAAAAGAACUCUUCUGUGCCACUGGCAGAGCAUCUGCAGGUUAAAGAAGCAUUUGAGAAAGAGGUUGGUGUCAUGAAAGCUAGCUUGAGAGAAAAGGAAAAAGAAAGCCAAAACAAAACCCAAGAAGUCUCCAAACUCCAGACUGAAGUUCAGAAUACUAAACAAGCAUUAAAAAAGUUAGAGACUAGAGAGGUAAUUGAUUUGUCUAAAUAUAAAGCAACAAAAAAUGAUUUAGAGACCCAGGUUUCCAACUUAAAUGAAAAAUUGGCCAAUCUGAACAGAAAGUAUGACGAAGUAUGCGAGGAGGUCUUGCAUGCCAAAAAGAAGAACUUCUCUGGAAAAGAUGAGAAGGAAUUACUGCAUUUCAGCAUCGAGCAAGAAAUCAAGGAUCAAAAGGAACGAUGCGAUAAGUCUUUAACAACAAUCACAGAAUUACAGAGAAGGAUACAAGAAUCUGCUAAACAAAUUGAAGCAAAGGAUAAUAAGAUAACGGAACUGCUCAAUGAUGUAGAAAGACUAAAGCAGGCUCUCAAUGGCCUGUCCCAGCUCACAUACACCAGCAGCAGCCCCACCAAAAGGCAGAGCCAGCUGGUGGACGCCCUGCAGCACCAAGUGAAGGCCCUGCAGCAGCAGCUGGUUGAUGCUGACAGACAGCACCAAGAAGUAAUUGCAAUUUACCGAACUCAUCUUCUUAGCGCUGCACAGGGUCACAUGGAUGAAGACGUCCAGGCGGCUUUACUGCAGAUCAUACAGAUGCGGCAGGGGCUGGUAUGCUAGCAUCAGCAUGGCCUGGCUCUCCUGCUUUAUCCUGCUGGUGCUGAGAUUUCUAUAUGCAACUCUCUGCCUCUUCUGGGCCUUACUCUGCUAGUAUAACUAAAAUAAAAUAUAUUUUGUUCCAUCAGUAGGUUUUUUUUUUUCAAUUAGAUGGGUAUGUUACUGAGUUUUUCAGUAUUAGCUCAAAUCUUAUAUUAUUCUAUAUAUGUUAAUUUUACAUCUAGGGAAACUACCUAACACUUUGUUUUGGAUUGACUACAUAUUUUUAAACUUUUGAGUCCCUAAUGAAACAUGAGACAUCUGAAUGGGUCCAUACAAAGAGAGGUCAGGCUGAAAUAAUUUAAUGGUUUAUUUCAGAAAAUUCAUUUGGUUUAUGGCCACGUUUAAGUGGAUUAGAAGACCUUUCCAGUCCUCACUUGAUCCUUAUUCCUAAUGUAGUUUCAAGGAAUGUGUUAUAACUUGGCUGGCCAAGUUGUAUCCUUACUGAGGGAACUUAAUGAAUGCCUUUGACUUCUUUUGGAGGUACAGUUGUUUUUCUUCUUACACUAAUAAUUUUUGUGCCUUUUAAAUAAAUGUCUUUUCAUAAAUGGUUUGCAGUGCUAAAUUACAUUUAGGUUAAGAACGGGCAGGAAUAUUUCAGGAAUUUAUAAAUAAGAUUGCCUCAUAAUCUCUACAACAGUAUCUUAAUUUUUUACUUUGUGGUGACUUUUCUUGCCAAUAUUUAGAGAACAAUGAUAAAUGAUAUGCUAGAUUUUUCAAAGUGUCAAAAAUUUUAGAUUUUUUUUUAGCAGUGACUGACAUUUACUACUAUAGUAAAGCAAGUACUCAUUAUACUUGCAUUUUCUAAAUGUUUCAUACUUAUUUAUAGGAAAGUUAUAUUAAUGAGAUUAGUAAUGUAAAAUGCAGUUUUCCUACAAAAUUAGCAUUAGAGAAUCGAUUUUAGAAAACAGAUCCUGAGCUUUUAGACAGAAGUACAAUAAUACAGUAAACUGCAAGAAUAUAGAUCAAAGAAGAGAAUAAAAUUGGACAUGUUUAUAGUAAAUACUCUAAUCAACUAUUUUUAUUAACUACAUCUUGUUAAUAAAAGUUUAUGUCUUAUUAUUUUUACUAAUAUUUUGUUUACCAUUCAGAUAGAAAAUUACUAAUUUGUUAAGAAAUAACAACAAAUGAAUCACUUCAGAUUAAGUUUUUUAAAUUGCAAAAUAUGCUUUAACAAUAUCUUUGAGCAUCCAGAACCAUACUUUUAAAAAAUUUUACAUUUGUAUAAUAGGGGAAAAGGACCAUUAAAAUAGUUUCUCACACCAAAGAAUAAAUCAUCCUAUUUUUUCAGUGUAGAAACAAUGAUGAAAAGUCAGAACUGGACUCAUUUUUAAUUCUCUAGGUAGGUACAUACAGUUUACAUAAGCAAUAUCUAAUUUUUAAAAUUAAUUUCUGUGAGUUUUUGGUCACCUACUCAAGCUUAACAGUGGAGCAAAUUCUAAACUGAACAUUCAUCUUGGUGUUGUGUUUUCCAUAAUAAGAUGGGAAAGGAACCUUACAUGUAUUUUGUUUUGUUUUCAACCAUUAAUAAAAUGUUUUCUGUAGAA